AUGUUUGUGGGUGGUCUGAACUGGGACACGGACGAAGAGAGCCUGCGGCGCUACUUUGGGCAGUUUGGCCCUGUGACGUCGUGUACGGUGAUGCGUGACAAUGCGUCGGGCCGCUCGCGCGGCUUUGCGUUCGUGACGUUCUCGGACCCGAAGUCGGUGAAUGCUGUGAUGGUGCGCGAGCACUACCUGGACGGCAAGAUCAUCGAUCCGAAGCGUGCGAUUCCGCGCCCGGAGCAGUCCAAGACGCAAAAAUGCUUUGUGGGCGGUCUGCCGCAGACGGUCACGCAGGACUCGUUUAAGCAGCUCUUCCAGCAGUUUGGCCACGUCCUUGACAGCACCGUCAUGAUGGACAAGGACACAGGCCGGCCGCGUGGCUUUGGUUUUGUUACGUUUGAGAAUGACGAUGGUGUAGAGAAUACACUGGCGCACCAGCCGCUUAUGCUGGAUGGCAAGCAGAUCGAGGUGAAGCGCGCGCAGUCGCGUGGCCAGCCGCAGCCGAACGCGGCGCCGAACCGCUACAGUGCCGACCCAGCGCGGGGCAGCAAUGCGCAGGCGCCUCUGCGUGCAUGGGGCGCGCCUGCACCAGCGGCGGGUGACGCCAGCAAGGGUGCGCCGGCAGCGGGGGGCUUCGAUCCCCAGGCCAUGGCCAAGAUGUACCAGCAGAUGGGCUGGGGCAGCUCGGCGUGGAACCCCCAGAUGAUGUGGCAGCAGAUGAUGGCGGCCUACAUGGGUGGCGCCGCGGCCAAGGGCGGCUGGGGUAUGCCUGGUGCGGCGCCUGGUGGCGCUGCGGCCGGCGGUGGCCGGCCGGGCAGCAGCGAUCACGGCUGGGGCUCCCGCGGAGGCAGUGGCAGCGACGAUGCGCGCGGCCGCUCCGGUAGCAGCGGAGGCCACCAGCGCGAGCGCUCGCCGACUCGUGGAUCGCGCAACUAUGACGAACGUAGUCGGUUUUGA